CGCCAUUUUGGAAAAGGAGGUUCAUCAAGUAGUUAAUGUUCCUGGAAUUUGUUAUUUUUCAGCGUCGUGCAUUUCCUCAGGUGAAGUAGUGCAUCAAAAAUGGGUGAAGAUUUUAAUGGAGAUCGUGAUAGACAAGAUCGUGAUAAAGACAGAGAUCGUGAUAGAGAUCGUGAUAGGCGGCACCGAUCACGCAGUAGGGAUCGCAGAAAGCGCUCUCGUUCUCGCUCCAAAGAUCGCAGAGACAGAAAAAGAAGUAGUUCGCCGAAGAAGAGUCGAAGCUCUAGAAGAAGAAAGCCAUCUUUGUAUUGGGAUGUACCACCACCUGGUUUCGAACAUAUUACUCCUUUGCAGGCAAGAUUACUUAUACCNNNGAAUAUUGUAGCAGAUACGCCACAAGCAGCUGUGCCUGUAGUUGGUAGCACUAUAACUCGCCAAGCAAGAAGACUUUACGUAGGGAACAUUCCAUUCGGUGUCACCGAGGAAGAAAUGAUGGAGUUUUUCAAUCAACAAAUGCAUCUCUCUGGACUUGCACAAGCCGCUGGAAAUCCAGUAUUGGCGUGUCAAAUUAAUUUAGACAAAAAUUUCGCAUUUCUGGAGUUCCGAUCGAUAGAUGAAACUACACAGGCUAUGGCAUUCGAUGGCAUAAAUUUCAAAGGGCAGAGUCUGAAGAUAAGAAGGCCACAUGAUUAUCAGCCAAUGCCGGGAAUGACCGAUAAUCCAAGCAUGAACGUGCCAGGUACGGUUCCUGAUUCUCCGCAUAAAAUCUUCAUUGGUGGUUUACCAAAUUAUUUGAACGAGGAACAGGUGAAAGAACUAUUGAUGAGCUUUGGACAACUGAGGGCGUUCAAUCUAGUGAAGGAUUCCGCGACCGGUCUUUCCAAAGGAUAUGCAUUCUGUGAAUAUGUAGAUGUUUCGAUGACUGACCAGGCGAUCGCCGGUUUGAAUGGAAUGCAACUGGGCGACAAGAAAUUAAUCGUACAACGCGCCAGCGUUGGUGCUAAAAAUCCUAUGAUAGGCGCGCAAGCUCCAGUACAAAUUCAAGUGCCUGGUUUGUCAAUGGUUGGCACGAGCGGACCUGCGACUGAAGUGCUUUGUUUGCUCAAUAUGGUCACGCCAGAAGAGCUGAUGGAAGAAGAAGAGUACGAGGAUAUUCUGGAGGAUAUUAAAGAAGAGUGUAACAAAUACGGAGUUGUCCGAUCUGUGGAGAUUCCUAGACCCAUUGAGGGUGUUGACGUUCCUGGCUGCGGCAAGGUAUUCGUAGAAUUCAAUAGCGUGAUUGACUGUCAAAAGGCGCAACAGACUCUUACGGGCCGAAAGUUUAAUAAUCGUGUUGUAGUUACAUCGUAUUUCGAUCCCGACAAGUAUCAUCGUAGAGAAUUCUAAACUGUAGAAUUCUCUUUUCAUACCAUUUAAUUAUAUAUAUAUAUAUAUAUAUAUAUAAUACAUUGUAUAUGUGGUAUUUGAAUAAUCUAAACGUAUUUCGAGAGAAUUAUACAUUUACCAAUGAAUAAUUGAUGAUAAUAAUAAGAAAUUUGUCGCAUUUAGCGGCAAGCGAUUAGAAUUGUAAGAAUUGAAUAUCGCAACACCGGCAAAAAUUCCAAUACACAAUCGUGUGAUUACGUUUUCUUCGCUUUAAAGACACGAGUAUGAACAUGUGUAAUAAUAAUAAAUACAUUUGAUCGUUAAUAUAAAA